AGUCAACAUCAUGGUUUUAAAUUUUAUAGGAGUUUGCUCAUUUUCAAUUUUGUUUGCUUAUUUAUAUUAUAUUUUGUACAUUUAAAUUUCCUUUUGCUCAUUUUUCUUUUGUUUUGCUCAUUUUUUUUUCAGGGAAACAAAAUGUGAAUAUCAAUUCUGAUAUUCUCACAUUUCUUUCUGAUGUUGAUAAAAUAAAGGACUUGAAUUGGUGCAAGUAUAUCCUUGAUUCACUUGUGAAGGCCAAGCUUUUCUGGGAAGAACGUCAAACUUGUUCUUUUCUUGGGUCUUUACUAUUUCUUAUGGUAUUACUUUAAUUUUUGUUGUUUUUUUAAUGUAGUAUUUUUUACUUAUUUGUUGAUUUUUAAUUUACUAAUUAUUUUUUCUUACUUGUUUGUAGCUAUUGUAUGUAUUAAUUUUUAUUUGUUUAAUUUUAAUGUACUAAGUUUUUCUAUCUUACUUGUUUGUAGCUUUUAUACGUUGAUCAGUUUGUCAUUGAGGAAGUUAGAGCCAAACGAGAAACUCCAGUUCUCAAAGGUUGGACAACCAAUAUGUUGUCAAGUCGUGAGAAAUUGGAAAUUUUUAAGGGGAGGCUUGGAGUUUUUUAUAAAAAUCAGAAGCUUGUUGGUCCUUCUGGCAGCAAACAACCAAAACUGGAACAAUCUGAUCCAAUUCAUACAAAAAAUGAAGAAAUUGAACAAGAUCCGAAGAAGGUAUUUAUAUGACUUUUCUGGAAACUUAUAUUAAUUUGCUCAUUUUUAUAUGACUUUGCUCAUUUUUUGUUUUUGUUUUUUUUCCUAAUUUUUGUUAUUUUUUACUUAAUUUGUGAAUUUGUAUUGUUGUUUUGUGAAUUUGUUGCCGUGCGAUGAAAGAGUAGGGGGUUAAAAGGUUGGGGGUGUGCGAGUUGUUAUCAGCCCAAUCCCUAUCCUCCCUAAGAUGGGAAAACCUCCUCAUUAACAUGUGUAGGUGUUUGCUCAUUUGAUAAAUGAGUAAUCAACUAUUUGCUCAUUUGGUAAAUGAGCAAAAAAUUGAUUGCUCAUUUGACAAAUGAGAAUCUAUGUUUUAAUUUACUGCAUGAAAGGACUUUUAGCUAUUGGGGAAAUGGAUUUAAGGAUCCAGGUGUAGUGUUAAAUGAUGCUCUAAUUGUUAGCAAAAUAAAACUCUAACAAGCUGAUCAAGAUUUUGCUCUAAAGUUUGGGACUCCUUUAAGUAUUCAAGAUGCUCUUGGUUUCUUUCCAUUAUUAUGAAUUAAUUUUUUUUUUUAUUUAUAGAAAUGCUUUAUGGAGCUUGCAACGGAAUCUACAAAUCUAGUCUUGGCAAUGACUGUUUGUGAAAAACAUGAAACUGUUGUUAAGUAUUUUCCAAACAAUGAGAAGAUUCAAAAGCUGAAGGAAGAUGCAAUGACUGUUUGUGAUGAGCAGAAGAUGAGCUCUAAAGCUUUGACUGAAGAUAUUCCUCUCUCAUUUAGCCAAGAUAAACAGUAUUGGCAAGAUCCAGCUGUAAUUGAAGCUUGGGAUAGGUUUUCGAAGAUUUCAGGCAAUGACAAGCAUGCUGAAUCUACAAUUUAUGCUAGGGUUGAUCAUCUGAUUGAAUCAGAACCAAUUGAUGUUACUAAGAUUGCUGCUGAAUGUGUUCACAUAGCAAGUGGUAUACCUGAUGUUGAAGAUCCAUCUGUUAUCAUACAGCCUAAGGUUGCUGAACAUGUAUUUAAAAAACUUGGAGAGUCAAGUACGAGAUAUAGUUUAAGAAGUUCAGUUGCCAAAGGAUGUGGAACUCCUUCAUUCAGCUUAGGAAUCUCUUCUCAAGAAAAUGAUUCUCAGGAAAAGUCCCUUGGCAUUGCACCUACUGAUGAACCUGUAGCUGCUCCUGUUAGUUCACAAGUUGGAAGACCCAAUUACGCUUAA